AUGAAGCGCAGUAAGCACCGUGGAAACAAGGAGGACAAAAAUGGAGAUGAACCAGCCAUUUUGGAGACCGAAAAUCUGGAUCGCCAAGGCAUGUUCAUGGGAGGUGGCCCAGACCCUGACACUAUCUCACUGGCCUCCGUCACAGCUGUCACCACCAAUGUAUCCAAUAAGAGAUCAAAGCCAGACAUCAAGAUGGAGCCCAGCUCUGGAAGACCAGUUGAUUACCAAGUCAGUGUGACAGUGAUUGAAGCCAGGCAGCUUGUGGGACUGAACAUGGAUCCAAUGGUUUGUGUUGAGAUUGGUGAGGAUAAAAAGUACACCUCAAUGAAGGAGUCCACCAACUGCCCUUACUACAAUGAAUAUUUUGUAUUCGACUUCCACGUCCCUCCAGAUGUCAUGUUUGACAAAAUCCUGAAAGUGUCCGUCAUUCACUCCAAAAAUCUCCUGCGUAGUGGAACCCUCGUGGGAACUUUUAAACUGGACGUGGGCACAAUCUACUCCCAGCCCGAGCAUCAGUUUUACCACAAGUGGGCUCUGUUGUCCGACCCUGACGACAUCACAGCGGGUUGUAAAGGCUAUGUUAAAUGUGAUGUUGCAGUUGUGGCUAAAGGGGACACAAUAAAAACCCCACACAAGGCAAAUGAAUCUGAAGAAGAUGAUAUUGAAGGUAAUCUGUUACUCCCAGAGGGGGUUCCUGCGGAGCGGCAGUGGGCCCGUUAUUACCUAAAGAUCUACAGAGCAGAGGGACUCCCCAGGAUGAACACCAGCAUCAUGGCCAAUGUCAAAAAGGCCUUCAUAGGAGAAAAUAAGGAUCUGGUUGAUCCUUACGUCCAAGUUCAAUUUGCUGGGCAGAAAGGGAAAACCUCAGUUCAAAAGAGUUGCUAUGAGCCCAUCUGGAAUGAGCAAAUCGUUUUCACUGAGAUGUUUCCACCACUCUGCAAACGCAUGAAGAUCCAGAUCCGUGACUCAGAUAAAGUGAAUGAUGUUGCUAUGGGAACACACUUCUUAGACUUACGGACGAUUUCCAAUGAUGGGGACAAAGGCUUCCUUCCCACUCUGGGACCGGCCUGGGUGAACAUGUAUGGCUCCACUCGCACCUACACCCUGAUGGAUGAAUACCAGGAGUUAAAUGAAGGGCUAGGGGAAGGGGUUUCCUUCAGGGCCCGUCUGCUCAUCAGUCUGGGUGUAGAGAUCCUGGAUCCCUCCUCACCUGACAUUAGCAGCUCCACAGAGGUUCAGGUAGAGGGAGUGCCCAACAUCUCAGAGACUGCCACCGGCAAGGUUGAGGAAUUUUUCCUUUUCGGAUCUUUUCUGGAAGCCACUAUGAUUGACAGAAAAAUCGGGGACAAGCCGAUCAACUUCGAGGUCACCAUAGGUUACUAUGGAAAUGAGAUUGAUGGAGCUGUCCAACCAAAAACAAAGGGAAAGAAGGGUGGAGGUGAUGGCGACGAGGAGGAAACAGAACUGAUCCACAAUUCCAGCGAGGACGAGAUGGAAGAUGACGGAGACUUGACAUCAGUGGCGACUACACCACCGAUGAAGCCUGUCAUUACUGACCGAAACUACUUCCAUCUGCCCUAUUUUGAGAGGAAGCCCUGUAUUUACAUCAAGAGUUAUUGGCAGGACCAGAGAAGGAGGCUGUACAAUGCCAACAUUAUUGACAACAUUGCUGAUAAACUGGAAGAUGGACUGAAUGACGUGCAUGAGAUAAUCAAAACAGAGAAGACCUACCCUGAGCGCAGGCUCAGGGGUGUUCUUGAGGAACUCAGCCAGGGAUGCAAUCAGUUCCUUUCAUUGGCAAAUAAGGACCAGAAUCAGUCGGGAAGAACCAAGCUCGACAGGGAGAGGCUGAAGCUCUGCUUGUCGGAAGUGGAAGCCGUGGGUCAACAAGCGAAGGCCAUGAGGUCACAAGUGAAGAAGAGCACAGUGAGGGAUAAACUCAAGCUGGCUCAGAACUUCCUCUCAAAGCUGCGCUUUCUUGCGGAUGAACCUCAGCACAGCGUUCCUGAUAUUUUCCUGUGGAUGAUAAGUAAUGGGAAGCGUAUUGCUUAUGCACGUGUUCCUUCCAAAGACAUCCUUUAUUCCAGUAUAGAUGAGGAGAAGGGAAAGGACUGUGGCAAGGUCAAAACAAUCUUCCUCAGGAUUCCUGGUAAGAAAGGUUUUGGCCCCGCCGGUUGGACAGUGCAGUCCAAGAUAGAGAUCUACCUGUGGCUGGGUCUGAAUAGGCAGCGCAAAGACUACCUGAAUGGCCUUCCCAAUGGGUUUGAGGAAAACAAGUUGUCUAAGGGACCCGGUUUGCCAGCUUCACCUCCCAUCAGCCUCACCUACAUGAUGAAACAGAUCUUCCAGCUCCGGGUCCACAUGUACCAGGCUCGCAGCUUGUUUGCAGCUGACAGCACAGGUCUGUCUGAUCCCUUUGCGAGAGUCUUCUUCUCCACCCAGAGCCAGGUCACUGAGAUACUGGCAGAGACCCUUUGCCCGACAUGGGACCAGCUGUUAGUAUUUGAGAACGUGGAGCUGUUUGGGGAAGCAUGUGAACUGAGAGAUGACCCUCCUAUUAUUGUCAUUGAAAUCUACGACCAAGACACAGUGGGGAAAGCGGACUUCAUGGGCAGAACCUUUGCUAAACCUGUUGUCAAGAUGGCGGAUGAACACUACGGCCCCCCGCGCUUUCCCCCUCAGCUGGAGUACUACCAGAUCUACCGGGGGAACUGUGCUGCUGGAGAGAUGCUGGCAGCCUUUGAACUGCUGCAGAUUGGCCCUAACGGCAAAGCAGACCUUCCCCCCAUAGAUGGUCCUACAGAUAUGGACCGUGGUCCCAUCCUGCCUGUACCACUAGGGAUCCGACCAGUGCUCAGCAAGUACAGGAUUGAGGUCUUGUUCUGGGGACUGAGAGACCUGAAGAGGGUGAAUCUCGCUCAGGUGGACCGGCCUCGUGUAGACAUUGAAUGUGCAGGAAAGGGAGUUCAAUCUUCCCUCAUUUCCAACUACAAGAAAAACCCUAACUUCAGCACUCUGGUCAAGUGGUUUGAAGUGGAUUUACCUGAGAACGAGUUGCUCCACCCGCCGCUGAAUAUCCGGGUUGUGGACUGCAGAGCCUUUGGCCGCUACACUUUGGUUGGCUCAAAUGCUGUCACCACCCUGCGGAAGUUCAUCUACAGGGGAGCAGACAAGCAGGCCAAUAACUGGUCCACCACAGAGGAAAUUAUCGUUGUCAACAUGGAACCCGAACCUGGCUAUAAGAAGAUGGAAACGGUGGUCAAACUAGAUUCUUGCUCUGAAGCUGUGGUCAAAGUUGAGGAUGAUGACAAGGACGGAAAGGGGAAAAAGAAGAAGAGGAAGAAGGGUGAUGAGCCCGAAGAGGAGGAUCUUGAUGAGAGCAUGCUGGAUUGGUGGUCCAAAUAUUUUGCCUCUAUUGAAACAUUGACCGAGGCCCUCAAAGCUCAAGAGGCAGCUCUCUCAGACUCGGAGGACAAAGAAGAGAUGGACAUUGCUGAUGGUGGAGAUAUCAAACCUGAUGACUCUCCUGUAAAAGGCACCAAGAAAGGAAGGGGAAAGAAAAAGAAGCAGGUGGUGGAGCCUUUUGAGAAGAAAAAGCCAAAGCUAGAUGAGCUGAAGGUAUAUCCAAAGGAACUGGAAAGUGACUUUGACAACUUUGAAGACUGGCUGCACACUUUCAACCUUUUCAGAGGAAAGGGUGGAGAUGAUGACGACCAAAACGUGACGGAUGAGGACAGGAUUGUUGGGAAGUUCAAAGGCUCACUGUGCAUGUACAAAGUGUCGGACGAUAUGUCCAGAGACAUGAGUUUUGAGUCCAACAUGGGAAUGUUUCAGAACAUUCCUCACAACGAUCCCAUCAACGUGCUUGUUCGUAUUUAUGUCAUCAGGGCGACUGAUCUGCAUCCAGCAGACAUAAAUGGAAAAGCCGAUCCCUACAUUGCAAUCAAACUGGGAAAAACAGAGAUCAAAGACAAAGAGAACUACAUUUCCAAACAGCUGAACCCUUUGUUUGGCAAAUCCUUUGAUGUGGAGGCCACGUUCCCUAUGGAUUCCACAUUAACAGUUUCAAUUUAUGACUGGGACCUGGUGGGAACUGAUGAUCUGAUUGGGGAAACCAAGAUUGACCUGGAAAACCGCUUCUACAGCAAACACAGAGCCACAUGUGGAAUUGCAUGUAACUACGCCAUCCAUGGCUACAAUGUGUGGCGAGACCCCAUGAAACCCACACAAAUCCUGGCUAAACUGUGUAAGGAUGGUAAGCUGGAUGGGCCUCACUAUGGCCCUGGAGGAAGAGUUAAGGUGGAAAAUCGGGUCUUCAUGGCGCCAACUGAGAUAGAGGAUGAAAAUGGUUUGAAGAAACAGACAGAGGAACACCUUGCUGUGACUGUGCUGAGGCACUGGGAGGAAAUCCCACGAGCUGGAUGCAAACUAGUUCCGGAGCACGUGGAGACCAGACCUCUGCUCCAUCCUGAUAAGCCAGGAAUUGAACAAGGAAGAAUUGAGAUGUGGGUAGAUUUGUUCCCCAAAGAAAUGACUGCGCCUGGUCCUUCUCUUGACAUUUCACCAAGGAAGCCAAAGAAGUUUGAACUGAGGGUGAUCGUUUGGAACACAGAUGAAGUCGUACUGGAGGAUGACGAUAUCUUCACUGGCGAGAAAUCAAGUGACAUAUUCGUGCGAGGUUGGUUGAAAGGCCAACAGGAGGACAAGCAGGACACUGAUGUCCACUAUCACUCCAUUACUGGAGAGGGCAACUUUAACUGGCGCUUUGUCUACCCCUUUGACUAUCUCAUGGCUGAGGAGAAGAUUGUCAUCUCCAAGAAAGAGUCCAUGUUUGCUUGGGAUGAGACUGAGUACAAGAUUCCUGCUCGGCUUAAUCUGCAAGUGUGGGAUGCGGAUCACUUCUCAGCAGAUGACUUCCUGGGGGCAAUUGAGCUGGAUCUGAACCGCUUCCCACGUGGUGCGAAGACUCCCAAGCAGUGCACCAUUGAAAUGGUGACAAAUGAAGCAGAGAUGCCCAUGGUGUCCAUCUUUAAACAGAAAAGAAUCAAAGGAUGGUGGCCUUUUGUGGCCAGAAAUGAGGAAGAUGAGUUUGAGCUCACGGGCAAAGUGGAAGCAGAGCUGCACCUUCUGACAGGGGAGGAGGCGGAGAAAAGCCCAGCUGGAGAGGGACGCAAUGAACCAGAUCCGUUGGAAAAACCCAACCGCCCAGAUAUUGCCCUCCUCUGGUUCCUCAUCCCCUUCAAAGCUGCGAAACACCUGGUGUGUGACCAGUACAGGUGGCUGACCAUCAAGAUUGUCACUGCUCUCCUGCUGCUGGCCAUCUUGGGCCUUUUCCUCUACAACAUGCCUGGAUACAUGGUGAAGAAGAUCCGCCCAGAUAUUGCCCUCCUCUGGUUCCUCAUCCCGUUCAAAGCUGCGAAACACCUGGUGUGUGACCAGUACAGGUGGCUGACCAUCAAGAUCGUCACUGCUCUCCUGCUGCUGGCCAUCUUGGGCCUUUUCCUCUACAACAUGCCUGGAUACAUGGUGAAGAAGAUGUUGGGAGCUUGAGAUAAGGCAUUAAUGUAAUUGUUAAACACUGAGAGUUUUUUUGCCACUUGAUAGGAGACACAUCAAGUCAAAGGUUUCUCUACGACAUAUGACUCACUCCCAUGCUGACAUACACAGAUUAAACUCCAUUGCUGAAGUGUAAUUAUUUGUUAUAUCACGGUGAUGGUGGUUUGUUUUCUUGAUGAAGUCAUUAUCUUUUUUUUGGGUGAUUGCUGUGUAAGCUGCUGCAAAGAAGACUGCAAACGUUGUUAUUAUGUGUUGUUUAUGUGUUGUUUGGUAACACUAUGUAAUCACUUCGGGAUAAAGUGACA